GAUUGUCGUGGCGUGCGGACGGCUGCUUGUCGCGUCGUCAAAAAUUACGGAUUGCUUUGAUUCUUUGUCCAGGAAGAAGCCAGAGCCAAAGAUAAACAGUCUCCCAUAUUAUUUCCGCUACAAAACUUGUCGCUCCAGGUGAAAUCUCGAGGUGUAUCCCGUUCCGUGUGGUGUGCGUUCAGUGAUUCCCGCAUAGUCGAUCGAGCAUGAAUAAUAAAGAAGUAACCGGUGAUAUUGUCGUGCGUAUUCUGAGAGGCGAAGUCUGGUGAUAGGGCGAAGUGCCGAGGUUGCAGGGUCAGGCGUGUGAUGGUGGAGAGUCAGCGGUGACGGCUGGCCGCGGAGCGGUUGGAUGGCGGCUGUAAGCGGUCCCGCGCGGCACUCUCGCGUCUCGAUGAGUGUGUCGAUGUCGCUGAUGCAGGGCGGUACGCAGAGCGCGCCGCAGGGCGCCAUCCUGGCGGCGGCGGCGCCCUACUACCAGACGCCGGCCAUACCCACAGACGUCCAGCCUGAUCGCCCCAUCGGUUACGGCGCCUUCGGGGUUGUAUGGGCAGUAACAGACCCACGCGAUGGCCGGCGUGUCGCCCUAAAGAAGCUGCCCAACGUUUUCCAGUCGCUCGUGUCAUCCAAGCGCGUCUUCCGCGAGCUCAAAAUGCUCUGCUUCUUCAAACAUGAAAACGUACUAUCGGCGUUAGACAUCCUCCAGCCGCCAAGUCUCGACUUUUUCCAGGAAAUAUACGUCAUCACGGAGCUCCUGCAAAGCGACCUGCACAAGAUCAUAGUGUCACCGCAACACCUCUCCGCCGACCACAUCAAAGUCUUCCUAUACCAGAUAUUAAGAGGCCUGAAAUACCUGCACUCGGCACGCAUCCUCCAUCGUGACAUCAAACCAGGGAAUCUUCUGGUGAACAGCAAUUGCGUGCUCAAGAUAUGCGACUUCGGACUCGCGCGGGUUGAGGAGCCUGAUGCGAGCAAGAACAUGACGCAGGAGGUGGUCACACAGUACUACAGAGCACCUGAGAUCCUAAUGGGCGCGAACCAUUACACAGCAGCGGUGGACGUGUGGUCCGUCGGCUGCAUAUUCGGCGAGCUGCUGGGAAGGCGCAUCCUCUUCCAAGCGCAGAGUCCCGUGCAGCAGCUGGAGUUAAUAACAGAGCUUCUCGGGACGCCGUCGCUGGAAGACAUGCGGCACGCGUGCGCCGGCGCGCGCGCGCACAUGAUGAGGCGCGCGCCGCGCCCGCCCGCGCUCGCUGCCCUCUACACGCUGUCCGUGCAGGCCACGCACGAGGCCGUGCAUCUGCUGGCGCAGAUGCUGGUGUUCGACCCGGCGAAGCGGAUCUCCGUAGUCGACGCGCUUGCACAUCCGUACCUGGAGGAGGGUCGUCUACGCUACCAUUCCUGCAUGUGCAAGUGCUGCUACAGCGCUCCGCCCGCCGCGCGUCACUACUCGCCGGACUUAGAGCCGGUGGCGCCGCACGCCUUUCACGACGGAUGGGAGCGGAAACUCACCUCCGUGCACCAGGUCAAAGAGGAGAUCCAUAAGUUCAUAGCCGAGCAACUGCAGACGUCGCGAGUGCCUCUGUGCAUCAACCCGCAGUCGGCGGCGUUCAAGAGCUUCGCAAGCUCGACCGUGGCGCACCCGUCGGAGCUGCCCGUCGCCGCACCAGUGGGAAUGACGCGAGCGCCGGCGCCCGCCCGACAAGCGACGCAGCGCCUACUCCGCCGCGAGGUAACCGCCCGGCCGCCGCGACCCGCCACCGCCGCGCCUAAAUCCACAAUAGAAUAUUCUUAGCGCAAUAAUACAACGCGGAAACGCUGCCAGCAACGU